AUGUGCAUGUGGUGUACCCAUAGCAUUUGCUAUGGAUUCCAUCGCAUCCCACACAUUGUUGUAUACAAUUUUGCUUGUGCUUUGGGCCCUUAUUGCAUGACUAGGGAAUCCAAUUAUUUUGCAGAUACAUUGUCCGUUGUGGAUGGCUUCUAUGGAAAAGGACACACAAAAUGCUCCCCUGCGGCAUUUCUUACCAUGUAUGCUCAAGCCGAUCCACAUCUUGCAAAAUUCAAUUCAAGUUCAGCUGAAUGUGGUAAUAGUGCACUCAAACAAAUUUGCAAGUCAGUCAGUUACAUGUCACAAGACCAAGCAAUACUCUACACAAAAGUCUUUAUAUCAAUUUGGAAUCAUCUUAAGAUAAGGAAAAUGCUAGGUGUAGACUGA